AUGGUUGAGACUAAUCAAUCUCUUCCCUAUGCUACCCUAAUUCGCAUGCUCUCCCUGAAACUCUCCUCCACCAAUUAUUUGUUGUGGAAGACACAUGUUGAGACCCUUUUCCAAUUGCAAGGGCUUUUUGUUUUCCUUGAUGGUUCAAAUUCUCAUCCCUUGUCCGCAAGUACUGCUCCCGCUGAUGUUGCUUCUGCCGAAAAAGCUAAGAAGGAUUGGCUUAUGCAAGAUCGUCGCCUUCACAGUCUUCUACUUUCUUCUCUUAGUGAGGAAUCCAUGGCAGAAACUAUUGGAUGCAAAUCUUCUGCAGAAGUUUGGAGUGCCCUUGAAAAGGCUUAUGCCUUGCAAUCCAAAACCUGUUAG